AGAGCAAGUGGUUUGUUCUGAGCCCCACAGACAUUUCCGCUGAAUAAACUCGGUGCUUCGGUUGGGAUGGGAAUCAUGUAGCAGAGCUGAUCAAAACUACAAACAACAAUCCUUUCAUCAGAACCCUCAUCCGGCCGACGGGUCACAGCGAGAUGACAUCGGCCACACCCCAUUCCUCUCAUGGCCCCGCCCAUCAGAAAGUAUGCCACUCCCAGACGGAUGUCUUAAAGCCACUGCUGGCAGGGGCGGGACACACGAGUCAUCUGAAGCGCCAGAGGCGGGUGUUAUCCAAAGAUGGGCGGAGUAACGUCCGCAUCGAGCAUGCCAGUGGGCUUGGAGCUCUGUACCUGCGGGACCCCUGGACCACCGUUGUGGACAUGCAGUGGAGAUACAAACUGAUCCUGUUCAGCGCCACGUUCGUAGGGACGUGGUUCAUCUUCGGCCUGCUGUGGUACCUGCUGGCAUGGGUGCACGGAGACCUGCUGGAGUUUGACCCUCCAGCCAAUCACAGCGUGUGUGUGAUGCAGAUGCAGACGAUCACGGGUGCGUUCCUCUUCUCGCUGGAGACGCAGACCACCAUCGGUUACGGUUUCCGCUGCAUCACUGAAGAAUGUCCGUCUGCUAUAGUCCUGCUCAUCGUUCAGCUCCUCAUCACCACCGCCAUGGAGAUCUUCAUCACGGGAACCUUCCUCGCCAAGGUGGCUCGGCCUAAGAAGCGCGGCGAGACGAUCCGCUUCAGCCAGCACGCUGUGAUAACGCAUCACGACGGCCUGCCGUGUCUCUUGAUCAGAGUGGCAAACAUGCGCAAGAGUCUGCUGCUGGGCUGUCAGGUGACUGGAAAGCUUUUACAGCCGUGUGUUCCUAAGGAAGGAGAAACAGUGGGUUUGGAUCAGAAGAACGUGACUUUCAGUGUGGACACAGCGAGUGAAAGUCCGUUCCUCAUCGUUCCUCUCACAUUCUAUCACAUCAUAGAUGAUGAGAGUCCUCUGAGAGUGUGGGCAGCCAAAGAUGGAGGCUGGAUAGAUUCGGAUCGGGUCGACUUUGAGCUGCUGGUUAUGAUGAGUUCGACGAUAGAACCCACGUCAGCCACCUGUCAGGUGAGAACCUCAUACCUGCCCGACGAGAUCGUCUGGGGUUACGAGUUCCAGCCCAUCGUCUCUCUCUCUCCCACCGGAAAAUACGUGGCGGACCUCGCAUACUUCGACAAAGUGGUGAAAACCAAGAGCCCGCCUUCCUUCAGUCUGGCCCCGUCGAACAGACCUGAUGGUUACCACGGAGACGCCGAUGGAACCGACCCGGAGAAGAUAAGACUGGAGCAAAGAUACAAAGCUGAUGAGAAACAGACAGACCGAGAUCAUAGUGUGAGAGUCAGUAACGUCUAAAACGGAUAAUCCCGUCCCGUGCUUCUCAACCCAUCUCACUUCAGAACUCGGACAUUGAACACCGCAUCAGAGGAAAUUCAAGCGACCGAGUUCAAAAUAAAUAUACUUCGAAAUACAUCAAAUACAACAAAUAAGUCUACUAUAAUACGUAUAUCUAAAGUACAUUUGAUUAACUUAAAGGUCAAGUAUAUUUUAUUAGUAUACUUUAUACUUUAGAGGGACUUCUUUGAGACCAGACUGGCCCGCUUUUUAAAAAAGUGGGUAACGCUUUAGAUUACAGCCCGCAUAAUUAAACAGGAUUUACGGCGUAACUAAUUGUAACAAUAAUGUACCUACAUAUCUGUAAAUAAAGGGGAACAAUAUGCAAAAUUCAGGGAAUAAAGGGGUAAGAGAAAAAAAUAUUUAUGAGGGAACUGCAUGUGCCAUUUAAACAGCCAAACCAAACCGCUCUUGAACUACUUGAUUGUCGCCUCAAAAGAUCAACAUUGCACAUUUUACACAUUAAAGCUCAUAUAAAUAACUCAUAAUAACUCAUAUUUCAAAGAAAUCAUUCGUGACCAACAAUCCUGAAAUCAAUCCAAUUAAAAUGAAUCCUAAAGUCACACUGCUGGUCAAUGCACACCACGUUAUAUUAAAAUAGUGACCCCUUCGUUUUAAAAUACAGUAUAAAUAUUUUGUAGAAUAUCCUGACGACUUGUUUAUUCCCCAAACUCUGCAUAUUGUUCCCCUUCACCUACAGAUAUAUGUACUGUAGAGGUACAUUACUGUUACCAUUAGUUACGCUGUUUAAUUAUGCAGUACAUUAUGGGCCGUAAUCUGAAGUUGUUCCCAAAAGGGAUGUACUUUAUUUUACAGUCCGUGUGCCUACAGCGUACUUAUAGUGUACUUAAGAAAGCACUGGGUCAUUUGAAGUAACUACGUGGGAUAAGGUUAGGUUUGGGGGUAGGUUCAGGUUUAUAAUAUUAUAAUAUUUACUAUAAUAAGUACUCAGUAUGUACAUGGGAAACAGGACUGUAAAAUAAAGUGCUACCCCAAAAAGUGCACUGUUAAGUCUACUUCAGUUUAGUGUACUUAUGCUUUAGUUACCCAAAUGCACAGUUAACAGCAGAAUUAGGACAAAUGUAUUUGAAAUAAGUCAUAAUAAAAUCCAAAAUAAGUGAACUUUUAGAGAAUUUUUUCAAAAAUCAUGUGUUUUUAUUGUGCAUUCCAAUUAAUAUCAAUCAAACUGCAGUUGGUUGGUUUUGAUUUAAGCCAUAAAAAAACACAGCUAACUAACAAUAGAAACAUGAUAACAUAAUAAAAAACAUGGUUUUUGAAUUUUUUUUGAAAAACGGAGUUAUCUCUUUUGGGCACCAAACUCUUCAUUUAUUUAUAUACAGUAUAUAUAUAUAUAAGCGAGCACACUGUCAAUUGACAGAUGACAACUCUGUGCUAAAAUAGUGUGAUUUCUCCUAAGUUACAUGAGUAAGAGCACAUGUUGCGUGACGUGCUGAGAACCGCUGUGGUAAAGCACAAUGACAUCCACUGCAGUUGAAUGAUGUUUAUCUGACUGUUACUGUAAUGCUGAAUUAUCAGCUCUUUAGGACUCGAUGAUCUAAAAGCACUUUAGUUUUGUACAUUAUGCUCUGUGCCUGUGUAGUAUAUAUACACACACUGUGAAAAUCAUUAGAUAACAAAACAGCUGAAAUACAGAAAUAUAGCACAAUAUGGCAUCUUUUAGGGUCACUGUAUGUAUGGUUUAUGAAUGAAGUUAUUGAUGAUUAUUGUGUGUGUGAUAUCAAUGUGCCUCUAAACACCUUAUGACUGUAUGGCUGUGUUUUACGGAAUAUAUUUGAUAUGCAUUACUGAACCUUUAACAUGUAAUAAUAAUAUCUGACGGUGAAUCAUAACAAGGUGCUUGUACUUGAUGGUGUUUUUGCACAUCUACAAUCUCUCUGUCUGACAGGUCAAUGUGUGGAUAAUCAUGUACUGUUUGUGCGUCUACUCCAACAGAGUUUAUUACUGUAAUUAACAAUAAAUAUUUUAAAUAAAACACACACCAUCAUUCAAA